CCCAUCCCCACCCCACCCCCACACCUGAGCUAUAAAGCCGCGGGGAAGCUGGGGCCGCGCGUUUGCCUCUCCUGGCUCCACGCGCGCUGGGACACGGCGGCCAGAUUUGCGCGCGUCUCCCCGUGGGCGAUAUCCUGGGCAGAAUGGAGUGGGUGUGGGCGCUCGUGCUGCUCGCGGCGCUGGGAAGCAGCCGGGCGGAGCGUGACUGCCGCGUGAGCACCUUCCGAGUCAAGGAGAACUUCGACAAGGCGCGCUUCUCCGGGACCUGGUACGCCAUGGCCAAGAAGGACCCCGAGGGCCUCUUUCUGCAGGACAAUAUCAUCGCAGAGUUCUCUGUGGACGAGAACGGCCAGAUGACCGCCACAGCCAAGGGCCGAGUCCGCCUUUUUAAUAACUGGGACGUGUGUGCAGACAUGGUGGGCACCUUCACAGACACCGAGGACCCUGCCAAGUUCAAGAUGAAGUACUGGGGCGCUGCGUCGUUUCUCCAGAAAGGAUACGAUGACCACUGGAUCAUCGACACGGACUACGACACGUACGCUGUGCAGUACGCCUGCCGCCUCCAGAACCUGGACGGCACCUGUGCCGACAGCUACUCCUUCGUGUUUGCCCGCGACCCCCAAGGCCUGCCCCCAGAAGUGCAGAGAGUUGUGAGACAGAGGCAGGAGGAACUGUGCCUGGGCCGGCAGUACAGGCUGAUAGUUCACGACGGUUACUGUAACAGCAAAUCAGAAAAAAACGUUUUAUAGCAACAUCAUGGAUGCAAAGUUCCAUUUGAAAACCUCCCAUUAGCUCUCAUUCAGUCUUUGACUCUAUUUAUCUUAGCAGUUUAGUCUGCCCCUCUCCCCACACCUUCCCUCAGUAAACUUUCCGUACAUAAAAAUAUUUGUGGGAAUAAGCAAAUCUGUUGGCAUUCAAAUGUAUAUCUUUAUUG